AUAACAGCAGAGAGUUCAGAGUACUCCAUGCGCGUUUCUUUAACAGUUUGUUUUCCAUUACAAAGUUCUGAGUCGUUUGACAAUAAUAUUGACGUUAAUAGAGAAUGAAACCGAUGAAAAUAUUUGUAUUUUGUAAUUUAUUCCAGUCCUUAGUAUAAAAAUCUCCAAUGGAAAACGCCUGGAAAACUGAAGUUCCCGAGUUUCGCCCUGAAGAUAAUCCCCAUGGGCUCUUAGAAGAAAGUUCAUUUGCCACAUUGUUUCCUAAAUACCGAGAAGCUUAUUUAAAGGAAUGCUGGCCACUUGUUCAAAAUGCCUUAUCUAAAUACAAUAUUAAAGCCGACCUUGACUUAUUGGAAGGAAGUAUGACAGUUCGUACAACACGUAAGACAUGGGACCCUGCGUCAAUUUUGAAAGCUCGAGAUUUAAUAAAACUCUUGUCACGGAGUGUUCCUUACGAGCAUGCUGUGCGUGUUAUGCAAGAUGACAUGGCAGCCGAUAUUAUAAAAAUUGGUUCUCUAGUUAGAAAUCGUGACAAGUUUGUUAAAAGAAGACAACGGCUUAUCGGGCCAGGAGGAUGUACUCUUAAGUCAAUAGAAUUAUUAACCAAUUGUUAUGUACUUGUCCAAGGACAAACUGUAGCAGCUCUUGGGCCUUAUAAAGGUCUUCAACAAGUGAGACGUAUAGUAAUGGAGACAAUGAAAAAUGUUCAUCCAAUUUAUAACAUUAAAGCUUUAAUGAUUAAACGUGAACUCGAAAGAAAUCCCAAGUUAAAAAAUGAAAAUUGGGAUAGAUUUUUGCCAAAUUUCAAACCCAAGAAUGUGCCUAAAAAGAAAUCCUCGAAAAAAGCUAAGAAACCAUACACUCCAUUCCCACCUGCGCCAACUGAAAGUAAAAUAGAUAAAAUGCUCGAGUCUGGUGAAUACUUUCUCAAAGAAGAAGAAAGGCAAAAAAGGAAAAGAAAAGUCAAGGAAGAUAAACAAAAGGAAGCGAAAAUUAAAAGAGAAGCUAAACGUAAUAUGGCAUUUAUUCCUCCAGAUGAAUAAUAAAAACAAAAAUAAUUUGAUAAAUGUGAAUGUCUCUUUUAAAAAAAAAAAAUAAUAACAACUUUGCCAAUACAUAUAAGUAUUUUCUAUUUAUUCAGAAUAAACUAAAACAUAAUUAAUGUAA